AUGGAUGUCCAUGAGCCUAAAGACAAGUGAGUAGGAGCCUCUUUGUGUUCACUUUGUAUGGUGACAUCUUCACAAUUUUAGAGACAGUAUCUAGUUUCUGUGAACCUCUGGCUAGUCCCUCUUUAUAUGGUUACUUGCAAAUUAAAUUGUAACACGCACCAAAUGGUAAUUUAACCGUUAGGUUAGCCUUUGGAUUGGAAGUCGUAGUCCCGUGUAGCUCAGUUGGUAGAGCAUGGCGUUUCUGGAUAAGAGCGUCUGCUAAAUGACUAAAAAUGACUAAAAUGUAAAGUGUGUCACGAGCUUCCCCCAAGGGAGUUAACUCUUUAGGGACAGUGGUUAGAGUACUCACCUGGAGGCCAGACAGGCGUCCAGGGUUAUAACCCCCCCCCAGUGGUCACACCUUGUCCUACAGAAAGGAUUGGAAUUUGCUUAAUUGAAUCCCAAAUGUAAUAUAACAUCUAGUCAAGUAAUUACCAUUUUACCUUGUAAUUUUUUUGUGGCCCUACAUACUACGUAAAAAUGAAUAUGGUAUUUAUUGUCAAAUUAACCAUACAAAUAAACUGGGUAACAGUUGCUUCCUCUCCUCUGUCGUCCAACAGAAACAAUGGCGUGUGGCUGAUCUUUUUCAUGCUGGGCUUAGGAACUCUCCUGCCAUGGAACUUCUUCAUGACAGCCACUAUGGUAGCGCACAGCAUCUGCUCUUAUCAUCUACUUUCAGAGUGAACAAUAAAAUAAUACAUGCCAGAAAUACAAUGCCAGAGCUUUUAGCGAGACGUCUGUAUUCAGUCUGUAUUCAUUUCUAAAUAUGUCUCAAGUGUUACUUUCCAGAUCGUCUUGAUAUUAGCUUGUGAUAAUUCACAGAGAUACUGAUACCCCCUUAUCUAUUUAUUAGAAUAAUUCUACAUUAAUGUAAAUAAAGCGCUCUACAUUAAAUUUGAUACAUUAUUGUAUUGCAUCCACUACCAAUGGAUAGCACCUACCUGGGUGAUGCACGACAGCCAUAUUGCUCCAGAACUUUCAACACACAUUAGCAAUGAACUAAAAUUAAGGGUCUGUCCUCUGCCCUCUCCACAGUAUUUUACCAGCCGUCUCAGAGACCCCACCCAAAUAUCAACCGACAAACCCUACGACCGUAGCCCUAUGGAGGCCGGUUACAACAACGUAUCAACACUUUGUGCAAUGGUGCCGUUACUGAUCUUCACCUGUCUCAACUCAGUCCUGCAUCACAGGUUAGUUAGCCCACCACUUCACCCCCCACAUCUUGAGUUUGCUAAUGCAUUAAAGCACUACUCCAAAAAGUUACAUCUUCAUAUUUUUUGGGGACAAACUAAUAUGAUAAAGUGUUCAUUGUAUAGCUUGGCCCAGUUCAGCCCAGUAGUGUUAAAAGUGUACCAGGACCCGCUUGUGAUCGACAUAAGAUUGACCUCGGAUUAUUUGACUCCGACUCUCUUAACUCCCAGGAUUCCUCAAAGGUUCAGGAUCAUGGGCAGCCUGGCGGUGAUUUUGGUGCUGUUUCUUAUCACGGCCAUCGUGGUGAAAAUAGACAUGGCACCGGUCCCUUUCUUCACAUUAACCAUGAUCAAGAUUGUUAUCAUAAACUGUGAGUUUUUGGCCCCUUUCUCCUUCUUUUUAACGUGUCAAUUCUUUUUCCCCUUGAAUUCAUCUGAGUUGUCCUGAUUGGGCAAAAACAACAUAGACCACCAAUCAAAAGUUUGGACACGCCUACUCAUUCAAGGGUUUUUCUUUAUUUUAAACUAUUUUUGUACAUUGUAGAAUAGUAGUGAAGACAUCAGAACUAUGAAAUACCACAUAUGGAAUCAUGUAGUAACCAAAUAAGUGUUAAACAAAUAUAUUUUAUGAAGAGGAGGAAGGGAAGCGCUACUAAGGUACACAAUAGUAGAUGUUGGUAGACAGAAGGUGCUCUUUGAUCAAAGGGGGUGAAUUGGUCAUCAAAAAGAAAGGAGGACCAAGGCACUCUUCAUAAUAAUAUAAUAUAUUUUAUAUUUGAGAUUCUUCAAAUAGCCACCCCUUGCCUUGAUGACAGCUUUGCACACUCUUGGCAUUCUCUCAACCAGCUUCAUGAGGUAGUCACCUGGAAUGCAUUUCAAUUAACAGGUGUGCCUUCUUAAAAGUUAAUUUGGGGAAUUUCUUUCCUUCUUAAUUUCGUUUGAGCCAAUCAGUUGUGUUGUGACAAGGUAGGUGGGGUAUACAGAAUAUAGCCCUAUUUGGUAAAAGACCAAGUCCAUAUUAUGGCAAGAACAGCUCAAAUAAGCAAGGAGAAACGACAGUCUAUCAUUACUUUAAGACAUGAAGGCCAGUCAAUACGGAAAAUGUCAAGAACUUUGAACGUUUCUUAAAGUGCUGUCGCAAAAACCAUCAAGCGCUAUAUUUAAACUGGCUCUCAUGAGGACCGCCACAGGAAUGGAAGACCCAAGGAGAGUGAUGGAGUGCUGCAUCAGAUGACCUGGCCUCCACAAUCCCCCGACCUCUGCCCAAUUGAGAUGGUUUGGGAUGAAUCGGAUGGCAGACUGAAGGAAAAGCAGCCAACAAGUGGUCAGCAUACAGUGGGGAAAAAAAGUAUUUAGUCAGCCACCAAUUGUGCAAGUUCUCCCACUUAAAAAGAUGAGAGAGGCCUGUAAUUUUCAUCAUAGGUACACGUCAACUAUGACAGACAAAUUGAGGAAAAAAAAUCCAGAAAAUCCCAUUGUAGGAUUUUUAAUGAAUUUAUUUGCAAAUUAUGGUGGAAAAUAAGUAUUUGGUCACCUACAAACAAGCAAGAUUUCUGGCUCUCACAGACCUGUAACUUCUUCUUUAAGAGGCUCCUCUGUCCUCCACUCGUUACCUGUAUUAAUAGCACCUGUUUGAACUUGUUAUCAGUAUAAAAGACACCUGUCCACAAACUCAAACAGUCACACUCCAAACUCCACAAUGGCCAAGACCAAAGAGCUGUCAAAGGACACCAGAAACAAAAUUGUAGACUUGCACUAGGCUGGGAAGACUGAAUCUGCAAUAGGUAAGCAGCUUGGUUUGAAGAAAUCAACUGUGGGAGCAAUUAUUAGGAAAUGGAAGACAUACAAGACCACUGAUAAUCUCCCUCAAUCUGGGGCUCCACGCAAGAUCUCAACCCGUGGGGUCAAAAUGAUCACAAGAACGGUGAGCAAAAAUCCCAGAACCACACGGGGGGGCCUAGUGAAUGACCUGCAGAGAGCUGGGACCAAAGUAACAAAGCCUACCAUCAGUAACACACUACGCCGCCAGGGACUCAAAUCCUGAAGUGCGAGACGUGUCCCCCUGCUUAAGCCAGUACAUGUCCAGGCCCGUCUGAAGUGCAUUUGGAUGAUCCAGAAGAGGAUUGGGAGAAUGUCAUAUGGUCAGAUGAAACCAAAAUAUAACUUUUUGGUAAAAACUCAACUCGUCAUGUUUGGAGGACAAAGAAUGCUGAGUUGCAUCCAAAGAACACCAUACCUACUGUGAAGCAUUGGGGUGGAAACAUCAUGCUUUUGGGCUGUUUUUCUGCAAAGGGACCAGGACGACUGAUCCGUGUAAGGAAAGAAUGAAUGGGGCCAUGUAUCGUGAGAUUUUGAGUGAAAACCUCCUUCCAUCAGCAAGGGCAUUGAAGAUGAAACGUGGCUGGGUCUUUCAGCAUGACAAUGAUCCCAAACACACCGCCCGGGCAACGAAGGAGUGGCUUCAUAAGAAGCAUUUCAAGGUCCUGGAGUGGCCUAGCCAGUCUCCAGAUCUCAACCCCAUAGAAAAUCUUUGGAGGGAGUUGAAAGUCUGUGUUGCCCAGCGACAGCCCCAAAACAUCACUGCUCUAGAGGAGAUCUGCAUGGAGGAAUGGGCCAAAAUACAAGCAACAGUGUGUGAAAACCUUGUGAAGACUUACAGAAAACGUUUGACCUGUGUCAUUGCCAACAAAGGGUAUAUAACAAAGUAUUGAGAAACUUUUGUUAUCGACCAAAUACUUAUUUUCCACCAUCAUUUGCCAAUAAAUUCAUUAAAAAUCCUACAAUGUGAUUUUCUGGAUUUUUUUUUCUCAUUUUGUCUGUCAUAGUUGACGUGUACCUAUGAUGAAAAUUACAGGCCUCUCUCAUCUUUUUAAGUGGGAGAACUUGCACAAUUGGUGGCUGACUAAAUACUUUUUUUCCCCACUGUAUGUGGGAACUCCUUCAAGACUGUUUGAAAAGCAUUCCAGGUGAAGCUGAGAGAAUGCCAAGAGUGUGCAAAGCUGUCAUCAAUCUCAAAUAUAAAAUAUAUUUUGAUUUGUUUAACACAUUUUUGGGCUACUAAAUGAUUCCGUAUGUUAUUUCAUAGUUUUGAUGUCUUCACUAUUAUUCUACAAUGUAGAAAAUAGUAAAAAUAAAGAAAAACCCUUGAAUGAGUAGGUGUGUCCAAACUUUUGACUGGUACUGUAUAUAUAUAUUUUUUAAGGAACUCAGUCCGGCUUUAAACUUAUUCUUGAAAGUUGUAAUAGUAGAAUGCACAAGGUGUCCAAUUUCGAAAUUGGGCAGUGCAUCAUCAGAGAUGUCCAGAUCAACUAGCUGUUUUUUUAUUCUGGUUAUUUAGCCCAUAGAUAUUGUUGUAAUAUUUUAGUCACUCAGUUAUCACAUGAAUACACAUUAGACAUGGCAAAAUUUAUAGAAUUGCAAGAAAAUUUGCUUUAAAACGGCAACAUUUUCUUUGCACCCCAUGACAAAAUGUGUACAAUUGCAGGGGGUGGGGGCGUGAAAAAGUUUGGGAACCACUAAUUUAGCAGACGCUCUUAUUCAUUCAGCUGCCAAGAAGACAAAUGCAGUAAUUAUCUGUAACCCAAAUGUAUUUUAGACUGCUUCAAAGAAGUUUGAAAGUUUGAAAGAAGUAAGAUUAUUGAACACUCAAACUGCAUGUUAAAUGAUAGCUUCAUGUUGGGAUGACUGGACUGUCUUAUUGACUGUGUUUUUUUUGGGGUUUUUUACCUUCCAUCAGCCUUUGGCGCUAUCCUGCAGGGCAGUCUGUUUGGCAUGGCAGGGCUUCUGCCCGCCAAAUACACCACGCCCAUUAUGAGUGGGCAAGGUCUGGCGGGCACUUUCGCUGCCUUCUCCAUGAUCUGUGCUAUCGCAAGUACGUCUGGCAAGUCGGUUAGGACAUCUACUUUGUGCAUGACACAAGUUAUUUUUCCAACAAUUGUUUACAGACAGAUUAUUUCACUUAUAAUUCACUGUAUCACAAUUCCAGUGGGUCAAUAGUUUACAUACACUAAGUUGACUGUGCCUUUAAACAGCUUGGAAAAUUCCAGAAAAUGAUGUCAUGGCUUUAGAAGCUUCUGAUAGGCUUAUUGACAUCAUUUGAGUCAAUUGGAGGUGAACCUGUGGAUGUAUUUCAAGGCCUACCUUCAAACUCAGUGUCUCUUUGCUUGACAUAAUGGGAAAAACAAAAGAAAUCAGCCAAGACCGCAGAAAAAAACCAUAAGUCUGGUUCAUCCUUGGGAGCAAUUUCCAAACGCCUGAAGGUACCACGAUCAUCUGUACAAACAAUAGUACGCAAGUAUAAACACCAUGGGACCACGCAGCCGUCAUACCGCUCAGGAAGGAGACGCGUUCUGUCUCCUAGAGAUGAACGUAAUUUGGUGCGAAAAGUGCAAAUCAAUCCCAGAACAACAGCAAAGGACCUUGUGAAGAUGCUGGAGGAAACAUGUACAAAAGUAUCUAUAUCCACAGUAAAACGAGUCCUAUAUCGGCAUAACCUGAAAGGCCGCUCAGCAAGAAAGAAGCCACUGCUCCAAAACCGCCAUAAAAAAGCCAGACUACGGUUUGCAACUGCACAUGGGGACAAAAAUUGUACUUUUUGGAGAAAUGUCCUCUGAUCUGAUUAAACCAAAAUAGAACUCUUUGGCCAUAAUGACCAUUGUUAUGUUUGGAGGAAAAAGGCGGUUGCUUGCAAGCCGAAGAACACCAUCCCAACUGUGAAGCACAGGGGUGGCAGCAUCAUGCUGUGGGGGUGCUUUGCUGCAGGAGGGACUGGUGCACUUCACAAAAUAGAUGGCAUCAUGAGGAAGGAAAAUUAUGUGGAUAUAUUGAAGCAACAUCUCAAGACAUCAGUCAGGAAGUUAAAGCUUGGUCGCAAAUGGGUCUUUCAAAUGGACAAUGACCCCAAGCAUACUUCCAAAGUUGUGGCAAAAUGGCUUAAGGAUGACAAAGUCAAGGUAUUGGAGUGGCCAUCACAAAGCCCUGACCUCAAUCCUAUAGAAAAUUAGUGGGCAGAACUGAAAAAGCGUGUGCGAGCAAGGAGGCCUACAAACUUGACUCAGUUACACCAGCUCUGUCAGGAGGAAUGGGCCAAAAUUCACCCAACUUAUUGUGGGAAGCUUGUGGAAAGCUACCCGAAACGUUUGACCCUAGUUAAAUAAUGUAAAGGCAAUGCUACCAAAUACUAAUUGAGUGUAUGUGAACUUCUGACCCACUGGGAAUGUGAUGAAAGAAAUAAAAGCUGAAAUAAAUCAUUCUCUCUACUAUUAUUCUGACAUUUCACAGUCUUAAAAUAAAGUGGAUAUCCUAACUGACCUAAGACAGGGAAUUUUUACUAGGAUUAAAUGUCAGGAAUUGAGAAAAACUGAGUUUAAAUGUAUUUGGCUAAGGUGUAUGUAAACUUCCGACUUCAACUGUGUAUAUAUAUAUAUAUAUAUAUAAGAAAUACAUGUUUUUACAUUUUUACUACUAAUGCUUUAGAAUAAAGUAAAAUAAUAAAGUUCACCUCCACAAAACACAGUUGAGGCAAGAGAGUGAUAAAAAAUAUGAUUAAAAAAAGUAUUAAUAUUUCUAAGAAAUGAAUUUAUAGACUCCUUUGGUAUAUGUACAUGUUGUUAUAACAGAAAAUUGUAUUACUUUUGAUAUGGCUGUACAAGGGAAGUUUCUCUCUCUUUCUCCCCCCCCUUUCCCACCCCCCAGGUGGCUCAGCACUAAGUGAUGCUGCUUUUGGAUACUUCAUCACAGCCUGUGUAGUGAUCAUAUUGGCCAUAAUGUCAUAUGUGGUCCUCCCUAAACUGGUAAUAAACUCUAGAUUUUAAAUGUUAUUAAAACAUAUAUUUGACGGAGAAGGGGGUUAGGAGAUGCUACUUGAUGAUAAUACAUAAUGCAACUAAUACUUCAUAAUGCAACCAAUACCUCAUAAUCAACCAAUACUUCAUAAUCAACUAAUACUUCAUAAUCAACUAAUACUUCCUCCCCCUUUUCAUUCAUCACUUAUUCAUAUACCAGUGUAUAAAUGUCUGUCGUUCAAAGCAAAAACAAAUAUGUGUAAUACUUCCAUUCCAGCCAUUCCUGUUCAUCUCUUCUGUUUCGUUAACAUCCCUAGAGAGUGUGAGAUAAUUGACGGUACUUUCGUGUUGUUCUGAACCUUACUAUUAGGAGUUCUACCAAUAUUACAACAAGAGCCGAAGUGGGAACAGGCUUAGUAACGAGAUGAACAGGCUGGAAGGUAAAAUGAAAGCCAUUUAUGAUUGUCAGAUUUGUGAAAAUAUUCAAUGUAGAAAUAAGAGAAAGAUAAUUGUCAUUUUUUUAUGUAUGGAAAAGUAAAUCCAAGCUAUGCAUAAACUUGGCCACCUGUUGAAUAUAUUUUAAUUCAAACAUUUGUAUUAGGCUACCUAUUUUAACGAUCAUGGAAGAUAGCAAUACCUCGUUCCUUACCCCUUCAGAAAAUGCUGCAGUUCUCAACCAAGGAGAAGGAGAACAAACCGUGUCCAUGUUGACCAUCUUCAAGAAGGUAUGCCAGAAUUAUUUUUUAGAUUGAGGCCGGGGUUCAAUCCAUGGCGCGCUAUAGUUCAGGACACUAGACAGCCCACAACUAGGCUUUUAAAGACCUUUUCUCAGAUGUUCGUGGAGAUCGCAUUCAUUGUAAACUCUGGCACAUGUUGGCUCAACCGUAAAUUAAAACAUUUGUUAUAGCACGGAUUAAAUCCCGACCUAAAACAAUUCAGGAGAUUAAUUGAAAUUCUAUUCAUGAACUGAAAAUCGUUACUGCGCAUUAAAAGCAAAUACAAAACACUACAUUACAUCAUUUUAGAGACACCUUUGCAGACACUUAUCUCUAAUCGAUAAACAAUUACAAGUUAGUUUAGCGGUCUCCAGCAUGUCGAAUGACCAGUCACAUUUACAGCAUAUUAAGAGUUUGUGGAGAAAGAUACAAAUAUUUCAUGAAUUUCAAUUCACUUUAUGAAUUGGAAAAACAAUGAAAACCAAUUCACUUUUAAAUACUGUAGGUAUUUAAAAUAGAUUAUAAAACACACCAUAGCAAUACAUACUUUUUAAAUAAUCGUUUUUCCAUUACUUAGAUCUCUAAACUAAAGAGUCACACUUUUGAUAUUAUUCACGGUACCUACCCGCAUACUUCUCUUUCUCCUGGGUUGAAGGAAUCUCUCGUGGACAAACGGACGUAACUGUAUACAUACUGUAUUGUAAUGAAACAGGCAGGGAGCAGGUCUUGAACCAUCAACCUUCUAGCCCGAAGUCCAGCGCGCCAACGACUGUGCCCCAAAAGCAUGCUCUUGUGGCAGAGUCGAUAUCCGCACUUAUAAACCCAGAGUCGUUACAGUAUGUUAUCGUUGAGUCUGUCAACAGACUAGGAGAAGCGACAAUUUAAGGCGUCUGUAUGCUUCCCUGCCGAAACAGUUUGGAAGAGUUCGUGCAGAUAUUAUGAAUACUUUUUUUCAUUGAGAAAUACAAGGAAUUUUUUUUUCCGGUGGCCGGAUUUUUCAUUACUGAUCAUUUGGACAAAUCACGAUUUGGCAGGUGCUCGCAUCUUUCUAAUUUCGGAAGUGGAGGGGACAUCUGGUUCAAAAACUUGACUGAAACUGGCUAAGAGUUUCCAUUUAGGGGGCUGGAGACGAAGCUAGUCUUGUUAGUAUUUUUUUCUCUCAAGACAUUCAGUUACAUAGCAUUGUGAAAUAUUCACCAUUUAUUGUUGAAUGGGGCACUAACAUGGCUGCCAUAGAAUGUUGUAGUGUCACGUUAAUGCAUCAUAAUGCGGAAACCUCAAUGUCCCAACCAUAGAAAUAGAACGUUAAUUAUAUUUCUAUGGUCCCCAACUCUCUAAAUAGGUGAUCUAAAGUGCUUUCUUCUUGACCUUUUUGACCCUUUAACUGUAGAUAUGGGUCCUGGCUCUCUCUGCAUGUUUUGCCUUCACCGUCACCAUCGGCGUCUACCCUGCAGUCACUGUGGAUGUCAAGUCUACCAUCGCUGGUGGAGGCGCCUGGGGUGUGUGUGUGUGUGUGUGUGUGUAUGAAUAUCUAUGAUAAUAGCAUGGGUUUAUGUGUCCAUUUUAGAGUAUACUUACAUACUCUGGUCGAUUUACAAGCCUUUACAAAAUGACCAUAUUCACUGAUAAUGUGUGUCAUUGUACGUUACCCUCUCCUCUCAGAGAUGUACUUCAUCCCCGUGUGUUGUUUCCUGCUCUUUAACCUGAGCGACUGGGCUGGGAGAAGCCUUACUGCUGUGUGUGUGUGGGUAAGUCAGCAACAAAACCCUUGUUACAGAUUGGACGGAAUUGGCCCAUUUGAAUGAAUAUGCCUGAAACUAACUGAUACUUAUUUGAAUUUUGGAUAUUGUGAACUAAGGAUUCCAACUCACAGGAACAGAACAGUAGAGGUUACCCAUAAGCCUUUACUGGCAUGGUACAUUUACCAGUAGAGGUUACCCAUAAGCCUUUACUGGCAUGGUACAUUUACCAGUAGAGGUUACCCAUAAGCCUUUACUGGCAUGGUACAUUUACCAUUGUUUUUUAGGAGACAAAAAAAUCAAAAUCAACUUUGAACUACCUUGAACUUAAGAUAAAUACCUUUAGCAUCUUAUCUACUUACUUAUCUUGAGGUGACGUUGGGAAUGUGAUGCAUGUAUCAAUCCAAUUUCUAUGAAUUUUACAACCAACUUAAUUAAAACAAACAUGGCAGUAACGUUUUAUUAAACAUACAAUGUUUUUAUUGAAUGUGAAUUUAAGUUGUAACUUCAUCUUCUAUCGAAUAAAGCACUUAUCACUUAGCCUUGGCACUAACACUUAGCCUUGGCACUAACACUUAGCCUUAGCAAUAUCACUUAGCCUUAGCACUACCCUUAGCCUUAGCACUAUCACUUAGCCCUAGCAAUAUCACUUAGCCUUAGCACUAUCACUUAGCAUUAGCAAUAUCACUUAGCCUUAGCACUAUCACUUAGCCUUAGCACUACCCUUAGCCUUAGCACUAUCACUUAGCCUUAGCAAUAUCACUUAGCCUUAGCACUAUCCCUUAGCCUUAGCACUAUCCCUUAGCCUUAGCACUACCCUUAGCCUUAGCACUAUCACUUAGCCUUAGCACUAUCACUUAGCCUUAGCACUAUCACUUAGCCUUAGCACUAUCACUUAGCCUUAGCACUAUCACUUAGGCUUAGCACUAUCCCUUAGCCUUAGCACUAUCACUUAGUCUUAGCACUACCCUUAGCCUUAGCACUAUCCCUUAGUCUUAGCACUACCCUUAGCCUUAGCACUAUCCCUUAGUCUUAGCACUACCCUUAGCCUUUGCACUACCCUUAGCCUUAUCACUAUCCCUUAGCCUUAGCACUAUCCCUUAGCCUUGCCCUUAGCACUAUCACUUAGCCUUGGCACUAUCACUGUACUAGUGCAUGUCAUCGAAUGUGCAUGGGCUAUGUGUGGUUACUACAGUAGUGUUGACAUCUCUUUCUCUGCCAUCCACUUUCAGCCUGGGAAGUACAGCAAACUGGUGCCCAUUUUUAUGGUGGCCCGUGUGAUCUUCGUGCCUCUCUUCAUGCUGUGCAACGUUCAGCCCCGCUACAAGCUGCCUGUGGUGUUUCAACACGACGCCUGGUUCAUCGUGUUUAUGAUCCUCUUCGCCUUCUCCAGUGGAUACCUGGCCAGCCUCUGCAUGUGCUUCGGGCCCAAGUAAGACCUCUUGCCUUCUUCGCCUGGGCGCAAACCCAGAUAGAUUUGAAACUUUCAAGGGUGACAUUUUCCUCUCACAAUUAACUAACCGUUUUGCAACGCUAACUAACAUUUAACAUAGAUGGUUUGAGUAAAAUUAUAAUAUGCAGAGUGAUUUAGGCCUACACUAACCUUACACACGGUACAAGUAAUUGCGUAAGGUGUCAUUUAUUGCACUCGCUCUCGCUCUCGCUCUCUCAUUCUCUCUCUCUCGUUCUCUCUCUCUCGUUCUCUCUCUCUCUCUCUCUCUCUCUCUCUCUCUCUCUCUCUCUCUCUCUCUCUCUCUCUCUCUCUCUCCCUUUCUCUCGCUCUCUCUCUCUCCCCAGAUUAGUUGCUCCUCAUGAGGCGGAGACGGCUGGUGCCAUCAUGGCCUUCUUCCUGUCCCUGGGUUUGGCUCUGGGAGCAUCCUUCUCAUUUCUCUUCAGAGCCAUAGUCUAA